CCCAAAACCCUUCAUUUUACGCCCCUUCUCUUUCGAGCCGCCUCUGUACCUUAAAACACACACUAUCUACACACACAAAAACACACACUUAUAUUUAUCGAAUCUCUCAAUUUUCAUGCUAGUCAGACGAUGGUCUCCGUCAACUCACCGGUGAGGCAAACAUCGCCCUCCGCAGCCGUCAACCGCCGUCAGAUAUGUUCGAUCCGUCUUUGGUAACUCAUGUUCGUUCUCAAAUUUGCUCCCGUAAAAGGAAAAAAGAAACUAUUUUUAUUAAUUGUUAGCUAAAAAUAGGAUUUGGGUAUGUGUUAUUUAUUGUUGGGGAUGCAUACGUAUUCGCUUCCUUGUUGAUUUUGUAUUGUAGGUAAGGUGUUUGAUGAAAUGUCUGAAUGAGAAGUGUGGUUUUUCUUUAGUACAGAUAUAUAUUUUAUUCAUUGAUGUGUGUGUGAGUGUAGGAAAGGUGUUUUCGGGUAUUGGAUUUAUUUAUUUGUAGUAAAGGUGAUCAUUUUGAGUGAGUUUAUAGUUAGGAUAAGGUGGCGAAAAUGAGUUUAGGAGCGGCGGAAGAUGAUUCAGGAACGGAGAUUCAUCUCCCUGCUGACAUUGACUGGGAGAUGUUAGAUAAGUCCAAGUUUUUCUUUCUAGGUGCCGGCUUGUUUUCGGGUGUUUCUGGAAUGUUGUAUCCGAUUGUGGUGUUGAAAACGCGUAAACAAGUUCUUGUUAAAGAUAUGCCUUGUAUAAAGUUGGGGUUUUCGAUUUUGAAACAUGAAGGUUUUAGGGGUUUUUAUAAGGGUUUUGGGACGUCGUUAAUGGGCACGAUUCCUGCUAGGGCACUUUACAUGGGGGCGUUGGAGAUGACAAAAAGUAAUGUUGGUUUUGUUACGGUGAAGAUGGGGUUUUCCGAGGCAAAAGCUGCCGCUAUUGCUAAUGCUGCGGCUGGGUUGAGUGCAGCUAUGGCUGCACAAUUGGUUUGGACACCGAUAGAUGUUGUCAGUCAGAGACUAAUGGUCCAGGGUGCAAAUAGUGCACAUCCCAGUACAUUGAGUGCCUUUAGAUACAAUGGUGGGAUUGAUGCGUUUAGGAAAAUUAUCCAGACUGAUGGCGUUUGUGGGUUAUACAGGGGAUUUGGGAUUUCAAUUCUGACGUAUGCUCCCUCAAAUGCUGUGUGGUGGGCGGCUUACUCCAUGGCUCAUAGGGCGGUUUGGGGUGGGAUCGGUUGCUACUGUUUGAAAAAAGAGGGAAAUGGUGGUGGAGUUGGGUUCACUCCUGAUUCGAAGGCUGUAGUGGCGGUGCAGGGGUUGAGUGCAGCAAUGGCUAGCGGGUUUUCAGCGGUGGUUACGAUGCCAUUGGAUACCAUCAAGACGAGACUACAAGUUUUAGAUGGAGAAGGUAGUAAUGGGAAACCUAGUAUUGUGCAAACGAUAAAGAAUUUGGUGAAGGAAGGUGGAUUGAGUGCUUGUUACAGAGGGUUGGGGCCAAGAUGGGCCUCGAUGUCUAUGUCUGCAACUACAAUGAUCACCACCUAUGAGUUCCUUAAGAGGCUUUCUACAAAGAAUCAAGAUUGCCAUGCUAUGGGUUGAGGAAUGAAGACUUCAUCUAUACGGUAAAGAAACACUAUGACUUACCUGAUUUAUAGAAAAAAGGUUGAAAACAGAAAGGUAAAGUAAAAUAGGAAUAAUAAGGGGACAAGAGCUAUGUUAUCAUUGUUUUAAACUUGUUUACCUCGUCCUUUGGUAGCUUAGCUUUAAGAUCAGUGCUGGCCAGGUUGGUAGUAUACGAAUGUAAAUAACUGUAAAUAUGCAAGUGCAAGUUGCUAUCUUGUUCAAGGCUCUUAUUAAUGUUAAAUCUGAUUUUCUUUGUCUG